AUGUCAGUCCUGGAUCUGAUCUGCUGCCUGGAGAAAGCUGCCAAAUAUAAUAACAUCAGGAAGAAGCUGAAGAAGGCAUCAGAGGGCCCCUUCAAAGGCACCCUAUUGUACACUGAAGACCAAGUUGUCUCCUGCAAUUUUAACAAUAACACCUGCUCUUCCACUUUCAGUGCUCGAGCUUGUUUUUCUCUCAAUGACCACUUGUCAAGUUUAUUUCCUGGUUGGGUCUCUGAGCAGCUAAAGCUGUGGCUUCAAUGUUCCUACCAGCUUAUCUUUUACCUUUGGUUUGAAAUUGAGAAAGACCAAUGUGCCUCGAUGGGGGAAAUUCCACCUACUAAGAUUGCUAGGUGGGGGAGGAGCAAAGGGAGAAAUGACCCCAGCUGGCACUGGCUUGCCCGAGAGUAUGUCUGGUUCUUGAUUCCGUACAUGAUCUGUGACUUCUAUGCCAUGUACCUCUGUGAGUGGUACCGAACCAGAGACCAGAACCACAGACACUCCCUCACCACUUUUCGAAACUUCCUAAGUAAAAACCACCUCAUGGUCAUGCACCACACAGUCAUCCUGUUUGUCCUUGUGCCAGUUUCACAGAGGCUUAGGGGAGACCUUGGAGACUUCUUUGUUGGCUGCAUCUUCAUGGCAAAACUGAGCACUCCGUUUGUGUUACUGGGCAGAGUCCUGAUUCAGCUAAAGCAGCAGCACACCCUUCUGUACAAAGUGAACGGAAUCCUCAUGCUGACCACCUUCCUUUCCUGUCGGAUCCUCCUCUUCCCUUUCAUGUACAGGUCUUAUGGCCAACAGCAGGGACUCAGCCCACUCUGAGUGCCAUUCAGCAUCCCUUACUGCAAUGUGGCCAAUGCCUUCCUCAUUGCUCCCCAGAUCUACUGGUUCUCUCUGCUGUGCAAGAAAGCAACCCGGCUCUUUGACACCGCCCCAGCCAAAAAGGAUGGCUAA